GAUUGCUUACGUUUUCCUCGUUCAUGACGUUACCGUUUUCUGAAUUACAUAAUACAUGGACGCGCCCACAUCGUUUCCACAAGUGGAAUUGCACUCUAAUUCUUAACAACAUGCUCAGAUUUCAGAUGAUCUUCUCUUCCUCAAGCUCCUCCUUUCUCUGGCUUCUUCUCAUCUUAUUCUCUGUAACAUUUUCUCACGUUUCAGGUUCAUUCAAAGGAACAUAUGGAGUAAACUACGGUAGGAUAGCAGACAAUCUGCCAUCCCCUGAAAGUGUGGUUACUCUGCUCAAAGCAGCAAAGAUAAAGAACACAAGAAUAUAUGAUGCUAAUCAUGAUGUUCUCACUGCCUUCAAAGGUUCAGGACUCGAAAUCAUCAUUGGACUCCCUAACGAAUUUCUGAAAGACAUAAGCGUGGCUGAGGAUCGCGCCAUGAGCUGGAUCAAAGAAAAUGUCCAGCCAUACCUUCCGGGGACCAAGAUCGUCGGAAUCGCGGUCGGAAACGAAAUCUUGGGAGGCGGAGAUAUGAUGCUCUGGGAAGUCUUACUCCCUGCAGCAAAAAACGUUUACAAUUCCCUUGACAAGCUUGGUUUAACAAAACAAAUUGAGGUAUCAAGUCCACAUUCAGAGGCAGUGUUUGCCAAUUCAUAUCCUCCAUCAGCAUGCACUUUCAGAGAUGAUAUACUCCCUUUUAUGAAGCCUUUGUUGCAAUUCUUCUCACAAAUUGGAACUCCUUUCUACAUAAAUGCAUACCCUUUUCUUGCAUAUAAGAAUGACCCUCAGCACAUUGACAUCAACUAUGCUCUCUUCAAGAAAAACCCUGGGAUUUAUGAUGCUAAGACUAAAUUGCACUAUGAUAACAUGAUUGAUGCUCAAAUUGAUGCUGCUUAUAUUGCUCUGGAGAAGGUUGGGUUUGAGAAGAUGCCGGUGAUUGUUUCCGAGACAGGUUGGGCUUCUCGCGGGGACCCAGACGAAGCGGGAGCAAAUGUGAAGAAUGCGAAGACUUAUAACAAGAAUUUGAGGAAGAAGCUAAUGAAGAAGAAGGGGACUCCUUAUAGGCCAAAAAUGCCUGUGAAGGCUUAUAUCUUUGCUUUGUUUAAUGAGAAUUUGAAGCCUGGUCCAACUUCUGAGAGAAACUUUGGACUGUUCAAACCAGAUGGAAGUAUUUCUUAUGAUAUUGGCUUUACUGGGCUUAGGUCUUCUUCAGCAACCUCGUCUCUUCUUUCCUUCAAGGGUAUUGAGUCAUCAUUGGUAAUGCUCUGUGCAAGUUAUGCUGCUCUUCUUCUUGUAGCAUUGUAAUGGGACGUGACCGAAUGUAUGAUUCUUUGAAUGCUGUAACAGUUUUCUAAACUUACGAGCAAUUCAACUUAUGGAAAUUCCUGAACACUGACAUCUGAUCAAUCUAUUGUUGAUUCUUUUUAUUCCUCUUUGUUAACACCCGGCAUUGUAUCAUAGGCUUAAGUGUAUAUUUGAUCCUGUCUCUUGUUGUCGUUAAUGAUGAAGUAAUGAUGUUGUUUUUUCCAGCGUCAAGCAGUUUAUUUUUGCAAUAAGAGAAUCUAAGCACAAUGUCUAUUA